AAUGGAGCUGAAUGGGGGAAAAGGAAGAUACGGGACAACCAUGCUGCUGUAGGGGGAUCACCAUUUUUUUUCCACCCUCUUCAACAACCAAAGAAAUCAGCCACCAUGGGUGACGGUGAAAUGUCCGUUUUUGGCGAUGCCGCCCAGUUUCUCCGUAAAUCAGAGAAGGAGAGACUGGAGGCCCAGAACAAGCCCUUUGAUGCCAAGAACACCUGCUUUGUAGAUGACCAGAAGGAACUCUACGUGAAAGGUUUAGUCACCGCUCGGGAAGAUGGAAAACUCACAGUGAAGACUGAUGAUGGCAGGACUGUAACAGUCAAAGAAGGCCAAGUUUACCCUCAAAAUCCUCCAAAGUACGACAAAAUUGAAGACAUGGCCAUGAUGACUCACCUGAAUGAGGCGUCUGUGCUUUAUAACCUCAAAGAGCGUUAUGCAGCCUGGAUGAUCUACACCUAUUCUGGGCUUUUCUGCGUCACUGUCAAUCCCUACAAGUGGCUGCCAGUGUAUGACCCAAGAGUUGUUGCCGGCUACAGAGGCAAGAAGCGUAUGGAAGCCCCACCACACAUCUUCUCCAUCUCUGAUAACGCCUAUCAGUUCAUGUUAACAGAUCGUGAAAAUCAGUCUGUCCUGAUUACUGGUGAAUCUGGUGCUGGAAAGACUGUAAACACCAAGCGUGUCAUCCAGUAUUUUGCAACAAUUGCAGCUCUGGGAGGUUCAGGAGACAAGAAGGAACAACAACCCAGCAACCAAAUGAAGGGAACUCUGGAAGAUCAAAUCAUCCAGGCUAACCCUCUGCUGGAAGCCUUCGGUAACGCCAAGACUGUGAGAAAUGAUAACUCUUCCCGUUUUGGUAAAUUCAUCAGAAUCCACUUCGGAACCUCUGGAAAACUGGCUUCUGCUGAUAUUGAAACAUAUCUGCUGGAAAAAUCCAGAGUAACAUUCCAGCUUUCAGCUGAAAGAAGCUACCACAUCUUCUACCAGAUCAUGACAAACAAGAGACCAGAGGUUGUUGAGAUGCUCCUUAUCACCACCAACCCAUAUGACUACCCUUGGAUCAGCCAGGGUGAAAUCGUUGUGAAGAGCAUUGAUGAUGUAGAGGAAUUCAUGGCCACAGAUACUGCUAUCGACAUCCUGGGAUUCAGUCCAGAUGAGAAGAAUGGCAUCUACAAAAUGACUGGUGCUGUUAUGCAUAAUGGUAACAUGAAAUUCAAGCAGAAGCAGAGAGAGGAACAGGCUGAGCCAGAUGGCACUGAAGUUGCUGACAAAGUUGCUUACUUGAUGGGCUUGAACUCUGCUGAUUUGCUAAAGGCUUUGUGCUACCCAAGAGUAAAAGUCGGUAAUGAAUUUGUCACCAAGGGACAGACAGUACCACAGGUGUACAACUCCGUUGGUGCCCUCAGUAAGUCUGUUUUUGAGAAAUUGUUCUUGUGGAUGGUCGUUCGUAUCAACCAACAGCUGGACACCAAGCAGGCCAGACAAUUCUUUAUUGGUGUACUGGAUAUUGCUGGAUUUGAAAUCUUUGAUUACAACAGCUUGGAACAGCUUUGCAUCAACUUCACCAAUGAGAAGCUGCAGCAGUUCUUCAACCACCACAUGUUCGUCCUGGAACAGGAAGAAUACAAGAAGGAAGGUAUUGACUGGGAGUUCAUUGACUUUGGUAUGGACUUGGCUGCCUGCAUUGAGCUCAUUGAAAAGCCCAUGGGCAUUUUCUCCAUCCUUGAAGAGGAGUGCAUGUUCCCCAAAGCCACUGACACAUCCUUCAAGAACAAGCUUUAUGAACAGCAUCUUGGCAAGUGCAAGAACUUUGAGAAGCCCAAGCCUGGCAAAGGAAAGGCUGAAGCUCACUUCUCUCUGGUGCAUUAUGCUGGUACUGUGGAUUACAACAUCAGUGGCUGGCUCGAUAAGAAUAAGGAUCCACUGAACGAAUCUGUCAUCCAACUCUACCAGAAGUCUUCUGUCAAACUGCUGGCCUUCUUGUAUGCCGCCAACGCUCAAGCUGAGGCUGAUGCUGCUGGCAAAAGUGGAAAGAAGAAGAAGGGAGGCUCUUUCCAGACCGUGUCUGCUCUCUUCAGAGAAAACUUGAACAAACUGAUGACCAACUUGAGAAGCACCCAUCCUCACUUUGUGCGUUGUUUGAUCCCUAAUGAGACCAAGACUCCAGGUAUCAUGGAUAACCACUUGAUCAUCCACCAGUUGAGAUGUAACGGUGUAUUGGAAGGUAUCAGAAUUUGCAGAAAGGGAUUCCCAAGCAGAAUCCUCUAUGCUGACUUUAAGCAACGUUACAAGGUACUGAAUGCCAGUGCUAUUCCUGAAGGGCAGUUUAUUGACAGCAAGAAGGCAGCUGAGAAACUCUUGGGCUCAAUUGAUGUUGAUCACACACAAUACAAAUUUGGACACACUAAGGUAUUCUUUAAAGCUGGUCUUCUGGGUACCCUGGAAGAAAUGAGAGAUGAAAAGUUGGCACAAUUGAUCACUCGCACUCAGGCUCUUUGCAGAGCUUACUUGAUGAGAGUUGAGUUCAAGAAGAUGAUGGAGAGAAGAGAGGCCUUAUAUGUCAUCCAGUACAAUGUCAGAUCUUUCAUGAAUGUCAAACACUGGCCAUGGAUGAAGCUGUACUUCAAGAUCAAGCCCCUUCUGCAGAGUGCCGAGACAGAAAAAGAGAUGGCAAACAUGAAGGAGGAGUUUGAGAAGACAAAAGAAGCUUUGGCUCUGUCAGAAACCAAGAGGAAGCAGCUAGAAGAAAAAAUGAAUGCCCUUGUCCAAGAAAAGAAUGACUUGCUUCUCCAUGUCCAAUCAGAAUCUGAAACUCUGGCUGAUUCUGAGGAAAGGUGUGAAGGCCUCAUCAAGAAUAAGAUCCAGUUGGAAUCAAAGUUGAAGGAACUGAAUGAAAGACUUGAAGAUGAAGAAGAGAGCAAUGCUGAGCUGACUGCCAAAAAGAGGAAAUUAGAGGAUGAAUGCUCUGAGUUGAAGAAGGACAUUGAUGACUUGGAACUUACCCUGGCUAAGGUUGAAAAGGAAAAGCAUGCCACAGAGAACAAGGUUAAAAACCUCACUGAAGAACUGGCCACCCUUGAUGAAAAUAUCUCCAAAAUCACCAAAGAGAAGAAGGCUCUCCAAGAAGCCCACCAGCAAACUCUUGAUGACCUUCAGGCUGAGGAAGACAAAGUCAGCUCUUUGACAAAAGCCAAGACAAAGCUGGAACAGCAAGUAGACGAUCUGGAAGGUUCUCUUGAACAAGAAAAGAAACUCCGUCUUGACCUUGAGAGAGCCAAGAGGAAGCUUGAAGGUGACCUCAAACUGUCUCAGGAAACAGUCAUAGAUCUUGAAAAUGAUAAACAGCAAGCUGAGGAAAAACUUAAAAAGAAAGACUUUGAAGUUAGCCAGCUGCAAGGAAAGAUAGAGGAUGAGCAAUCCCUCGGAUCACAGCUGCAGAAGAAGAUCAAGGAACUGCAGGCUCGUAUUGAAGAACUUGAGGAAGAAAUUGAAGCUGAACGUGCUGCUCGCGCCAAGGUUGAAAAGCAGAGAGCUGAUCUUUCUAGAGAACUGGAAGAGAUUAGUGAAAGGCUUGAAGAAGCUGGAGGUGCAACAUCCGCCCAGGUUGAGUUGAAUAAGAAGCGUGAAGCUGAGUUCCAGAAAGUAAGACGUGAUCUGGAAGAAGCCACCCUUCAGCAUGAAGCUACAGCUGCUGCCUUGCGCAAGAAGAAUGCCGACAGUGUUGCUGAACUUGGUGAACAGAUUGAUAACCUGCAGCGCGUGAAGCAGAAACUGGAGAAAGAGAAGAGUGAACUGAAGAUGGAAGUUGAUGAUCUUGCCAGCAAUCUGGAGAGUGUCUCUAAAUCUAAGGCCAACCUUGAAAAGAUCAACCGUGUAGUUGAGGACCAACUUAGUGAAGUGAAGGCUAAGGAAGAUGAGCACCAACGUGUGAUCAAUGACCUCUCAGCUCAAAGAGCUCGUUUCCAGACAGAGAAUGGUGAACAGUCCCGUCAACUUGAAGAGAAGGAAGCUCUGAUUUCUCAGCUCACCAGAGGAAAGCUAGGAUUCACCCAGCAGGUGGAGGAACUCAAGAGACAACUUGAGGAGGAAGUAAAGGCUAAGAAUGCCCUUGCCCAUGCACUUCAAUCUGCCCGUCAUGACAAUGACUUGCUCCGUGAGCAAUAUGAAGAGGAACAAGAAGCCAAGGCUGAACUUCAGCGCACUUUGUCCAAAGCUAAUGGUGAAGUUGCCCAGUGGAGGACCAAAUAUGAAACUGAUGCCAUUCAACGCACAGAGGAGCUGGAGGAGGCCAAGAAGAAGCUGGCUCAACGCCUACAGGAUGCAGAGGAACAGGUGGAGGCUGUGAACUCCAAGUGUGCCUCCUUGGAAAAGACCAAGCAAAGGCUGCAGGCUGAAGUUGAGGACCUUAUGGCUGAUGUAGAAAGAGCAAACAGUGCAGCAUCUUCUCUUGACAAGAAACAGAGGAACUUUGAUAAGGUCCUAGUUGAAUGGAAACAGAAGUAUGAAGAGGGACAGGCUGAGCUUGAGGCCGCUCUGAAGGAAGCCCGCAGUUUGAGCACUGAAAUCUUCAAGCUGAAGAAUGCUUAUGAGGAGUCCCUGGAACAAGUUGAGACUCUGAAACGUGAAAACAAGAAUUUGCAACAGGAGAUCUCAGAUCUGACUGAACAGAUUGGUGAGAGUGGAAAAUAUAUCAAUGAGUUAGAGAAGGCCAAGAAACAGGUUGAGCAGGAGAAGAGUGAUCUGCAGGCUGCUCUGGAGGAAGCUGAGGGAUCACUGGAACAUGAAGAAGCCAAGAUCCUUCGUGUCCAGCUUGAGCUUAACCAGAUUAAAUCAGAAGUAGACAGGAAGAUUGCAGAGAAAGAUGAGGAAAUUGAGCAGCUGAAGAGAAACAGCCAGAGGUCAAUUGACACCAUUCAGAGCACACUUGACUCUGAAAUCAGAAGCAGAAAUGAUGCUCUGAGACUGAAGAAGAAGAUGGAAGGAGACUUGAAUGAACUUGAAAUCCAACUCAGCCAUGCCAACCGCCAGGCUGCAGAGGCACAGAAACAACUCAGAAAUGUGCAAGUACAACUGAAGGAUGCUCAAUUGCAAUUGGACGACGCCCUGAGAGGACAGGAAGAUCUGAAGGAACAGGUUGCCGUCAUUGAACGUAGAAAUGGUCUGCAGCAGGCUGAAAUUGAGGAGUACAGGUCUGCUUUGGAACAAACUGAGAGAUCUCGCAAGAUUGCAGAACAAGAACUCUUGGAUUCCAGUGAACGUCUUCAACUUCUGCACUCUCAGAACACCAGCCUGAUCAACACCAAGAAGAAGUUUGAAAGUGACCUUGCUCAGCUCCAGAAUGAAGUUGAGGAAACAGUUCAGGAGGCACGAAAUGCAGAAGAAAAAGCCAAGAAGGCCAUCACAGAUGCUGCUCUUAUGGCAGAGGAGCUGAAGAAGGAGCAGGACACUAGCGCUCACUUAGAAAGAAUGAAGAAGAACCUUGAACAGACCGUGAAGGACCUGCAGCACCGUCUGGAUGAAGCUGAACAGCUGGCACUGAAGGGAGGCAAGAAGCAGCUCCAGAAACUGGAAGCUAGAGUCCGUGAGCUGGAAAAUGAGCUGGACAAUGAACAGAAACGUGGAGUUGAAGCAAUCAAAGGUGUUCGUAAAUAUGAGAGGAGAGUGAAGGAACUGACCUACCAGACCGAGGAAGACAGGAAGAACACCCUGAGGCUCCAGGAUCUGGUUGAUAAACUGCAGCUGAAGGUUAAGGCCUACAAGAGACAGGCUGAGGAAUCUGAGGAACAAGCCAAUUCUCACCUGGGCCGCUUUAGGAAGGUUCAGCAUGAGCUUGAAGAGGCUGAGGAGAGAGCCGACAUUGCCGAGUCCCAAGUGAACAAACUGAGGGCCAAGAGCCGUGACAUUGGUGGAAAGAAGGAAAGCGAAGAGUAAAGAUUGUAAAUGACUGAAGAUUCGGGAAAUCUCAAAAUGGGAAUUUCAGAGUCUUUAAUUUUGUCUCCCCCUAUCCCUUCUUAGUGUUUUAUUUAUCUCCUUAAUAAAUUUCAUAUCAGAACCUUUUAAAAUUGUGUCGUAUUGCAUUUAUACAGCUCACAAUUCAAAAGUUUGGCUCCAAAACAAGUUCUGUUUUUAUAAUUUACUUUAUUCUUUAACACAUCCAAUCAGAUACAAUACAGUCAAAACAUUUCAAUAUUUCAUCCGCAAUAAACAUAAAUUAUCCCCACCCCAUCCAACAUGUGGGAAAGAAAUGUAUAUACAUACGUGAUAAAAUUGAAAAAUCACCCAAUUUUUCGUGGUUUUUAUUACCAUUUAUCCCAAAUACUAUUACCUAAAAUAACUUUCAAUCUUUAUCUUAACAGAAUUAGCUUUAAACAUUUGAUUCUAUCAGUGAGCUUCUUCCAUGCUUUCAAUGAUGGUGUUGUCCGAGCAAACCAUGU